GACCUCACAAGCAAAUGCUUAGUAGAAUCUUCAGGCACUGUUCUCCAAUAAAACAGUGUUGUCUUCUACAAUUGCUUAGCAGACCUUCCUUAACUGGAUAAUCAUUUCUUGGCAGAAGUUUGCAUUUUAAUCAGGGGAUUUCCCCCUGGACAGGAUAAAAUGGCUGAACUGUUUCUUGGCAAAGUGUUGGUAAAAAACAACCGCGAUCAGGAUGAGCUGGACACAGAUCAGGAGCUGUCGGAACGAUUGGAAAACCGCGUGGUCCUCUUGUACUUUGCUGACUCACGGAGUUCGCGAUGCCAGGAAUUUGCACCACUCUUAAAAGACUUCUUUACAAAACUAACUGACGAGUUCUAUGUGAAUCGAUCUUCCCAACUUGUCCUGAUCUACGUGUCCCGAGACCGCAGUGAGGAAGACCAUGACAGUUUUAUAAAGGAUAUGCCGAAACGAUGGUUACUAGUACCCUUCGAGGAUGAAGAGUUCAGAAGAGACCUUGAAGUUCAGUUCUCAGUAUCAGAAGUACCAGUCCUUGUAGUCCUCAAACCUUCUGGACAGGUGAUCUCACCUAAUGCAGUGGAUGAAGUGGCACGACUAGGAACCCCAUGCUUCAAGAACUGGCAGGAAGUCUCGGAGAUCAUUGACAGGAGCUUCUUGCAAGCAGAAUUCUGUGACACCACAGCCUCACGGAGCCUUAGCGACCCAAUCCGUAGAAUAAAGUACAAAGUGGAGGACACCAAAAAGAAGAAGGAGAGGGCAGGAGGGGAUGAGGAGGAGGAUGGUGGUGGUAAAGGAGGAGGGACAGACUUCUUCUGAACAAAAUCAUAUUUAGAUUUCAAUCCUGACUUGUCAGUCUUUCAAUAGUUGGAAUCUUUCAACUAAGUACUGUAACAGUACUUUCAAAGUAUAAAUAUUUGGAGUAUAAGUAACUGUAAUAAGAAAUUGGUAUUGAAGCCCUCUGUCCAUCUUACCCAUUGGAUGGCAAGCCAUUUGCAGAUACCUGAACUGUUUCCAUUUUAAAUACCUAUUAUUCUUUAUAUUGGGACUCACACGAAGAAGUAGCAUUCCUGCUACAGAGAGCUACUACUUUGCAGUCCUCCGUCUCCCCCUUCCCUUUCAUUCUUUUAAUUCUCUUCUUCUCUUAUAUUUUUCUCAUCCCUUUUCUUUCUUCUUGUCCCUUCCAUCUUUUGCUAUAAAGGUGUUAGUUAGGCUUUAACUUUAGAGGUCAAGGGUGUACUGUAGCUUUAGUUAGUGAGGAGGUGCAGUGCCAUACGGGGCUCAGAGACAUAGGGGGCCUGUCUCUGUGGCAUGUCUCCCCUUCACUUUGGUCAUAUAAUUUUCUUUAAAUUGCCCGCUAAGUAUUUGGGUCCGGCCUGUUGCCCGGACUGAAAAGAGUGAUUCUUUAGCACUUAUAUAGGUUACGGCAGUGGAUCUCAAUGUGUGUGCCUAGGUACUCUGGGGUGCCUCAGGACACUUGCAGGGGGGUGCCUUUGAUUGGUUGUCCAGGACCAAUUCAAAUUAUUUAUGGUCAAUGUAAUAGGCAAAACCAGUGCUGGUGGGUGUCACAUAAAAUAUGUAGACAAACAGAAGCAAUUAUUGUCCCUCACCAUACAAUUGAACCUAAGGAUGACAUAAACACAAUUUACUUAAUUUAAUAUUUCUUUCUAAAUUUCUCAAUAAGAAACUUUUUGAUUCAGGGUACCGUAAGAAAAAAUGUGAUACUCUAGACUGCCGUAAUUCAAAAAAGUUUGAGAACCACUGGGUUAUGGUCUCUGUCUUUCUUUCUCAGUAAAUCUCUGCACUGAUACCCCACGAUCCUGUUUAACCCUAAUAGCCAUAGCUGAGCUAUAAUGUGGGAUAUUGUGAAUUGGAGUACUACAAUGUAGAUUAAUAUGAACUGAGGGCAUAGUGUGGUAUUAUGUGAUCUAAGACACUACUAUAGCAUGUAAAUUGAACUACUACUGUAUGUGGCAUAAAAUUAACUUUCGGUACUACUAUGCGGUACAAAUUAACUAGUCCUCUACAAUGGGGCAUAACAAAGGUAGUAGGACACUAGUAUAUGGUGUCACUUGGGUCAGGGUGGGUAGAAGAUCUACCAUACAUAUUUUUAAAACUUAUAUACAAGGUGGGGUGGGUUGCAAAAUACUACGACUGUAACUAUUUUCAUGUGUACCACUUUAUUACACUUUUUUAAUGUAUUUUUGUCUACUGUGCGCUGGACUGGUUAUCAUUUAGGACCCGUCUCCUAUUUUGUGUUUAAGCUGUCAUUUUGAGCAAUCAUGGCUGUAAGUACACCUGUCUUGCAAGGGCUCUGUCUGUGCAUCUGGAAUGUUAGGGCCCUUCAUAAUAAAAAAUAAUACAUUUCCCUGGUGUUGUCCAAGGUUAAAAAGUAUAAUACAGAUUUUUCCUAUUUAAUAGAAAUUCAC